AAACACAUGGGCAGCUGUUGGUUGGAGAGUGCGAGGGCGAGGGCGAGUGCUUCUAGCACCGCUCCAAGUUGAAAACAGCGCAGGAAUCCGAAGAGAGGGACAGAGCCCACAGUCCCACGGUCACCAAGGUCGGUCGGAUGAAGAUUCCCUCUGUCAACAAAGAAAUUACUUUUUCUUGACUCCCAGCGGCCACCGGGCAGAGGCAGCUGGAGCAAAGAUGGUUUUUGGAAUCCUUUUCCGAGAUAAUGGAUUCUAUAUUUCAGCUCUCUUGAUGCAGUUGAGGGCCUGCAUUCUUCAUGGAAAUUCUUUUUGGCAAGUGGGUAGUUGCAUUUUCACUUUGUUGUUGCCUCAUCUUUUAUGUAGCACAUUCAGUGGAGGGUUUGCGUGGGGAUGCUAAAGUGAGAGGAGUGAACCUGGGAGGGUGGUUGGUUGUGGAAGGUUGGAUUAAGCCUUCUCUUUUUGAUGGCAUUCCUAAUGGAGAUAUGCUUGAUGGUACACAGAUUCAACUCAAGUCAGUGACGUUGCAGAAAUAUGUCACUGCAGAGAAUGGAGGUGGCAUGGAUGUUUCAGUUAACAGAGAUAUUCCGUUGUCAUGGGAGACCUUUACGUUAUGGAGAGUUUCUGAAUCAGAAUUUCAGUUCCGGACAUCUCUAGGCCAGUUUCUAACAUGCUUUGGUGAAGGAUGCACCAUCUUUGCAACAGCAGAAUCACCUUCAACAACAGAAACAUUUGAAGUUGAAAGAAAUAAUAAUAGUCGAGUUCACAUCAAACUGAAGAGUGGGACUUAUCUGCAGGUUUCCAUGGCAAAUCAGCUUACAGCAGACUAUCCAGGGACACCAGGAUGGGAUGAUAAUGGUGCCACAUUUGAAAUGACAAUUGUAGCUAAUAACUUGCACGGAGAUUACCAGCUUGCUAAUGGGUAUGGACAUGAUAAGGCAAAGGAGGUUCUUGAGACACACAGAAACAGUUUUGUAAAGGAAGAAGAUUUCAACUUUCUCCAGAAACAUAAAAUUAAUGCUGUGCGGAUCCCUGUUGGCUGGUGGAUUGCUUUUGAUCCUAAUCCUCCAGCCCCAUUCAUUGGGGGCAGUUUAGAAGCUCUUGAUAAUGCAUUCUCAUGGGCAGAAGCCUAUGACAUAAAAUGCAUUAUUGAUCUUCAUGCAGCCCCUGGCUCCCAGAAUGGGAUGGAACAUAGUGCCAGUCAAGAUGGUACAACAGGGUGGCCUAAUUCUUCUGACUAUAUCUCACAAACUUUGGAUGUUAUAGAUUUUCUAGCUUCCAGAUAUGGAAAGCAUCCUGCCUUGCUGGGAAUUGAGCUAUUAAACGAACCAUCUGCUGCAUCAGUUCCAUUAGAUAUAUUAAUUUCAUAUUACAAACAAGGCUAUCAAAUUGUCCGAAAGCAUUCAUCAACAACAUAUGUGAUAUUUUGCCAACAAAUUGGCAAUGCAGAUCCACUUGAACUUUAUCAGGCUAAUAUUGGGUCCCAUAACAUAGUGUUGGAUUUGCACUACUACAAUCUCUUUGACACUUUUUUUGUUAACAAAAGUCCUAUGGAAAACAUUCAGUUCAUAUACCAGCAGAGGGACGCUCAACUAAAAGUUCUCAAUGGGAGCAAUGGUCCACUUGUUUUUGUUGGUACUCCCAGUUCCAAUUUCUAUAUUGACAAAUUUAGUGUUUGUUUUCAAGAUUUUAUGGUUAUGUGCUGAUUAAUCUUGAAAUCUAGACAUUAGUGAAAAGAGUUUAUAUCAGAAAUGCUCAGCUUUAUAUCAGAAAAUAUGCAGAAUUUAUCAAAAAUAGUUUUGUGCAGAAUAAUCUAGGAACUGAGAGCAGUGUUUACAUUUUUGUGAUUCUCAUUAAAGAUGAGUUGAUUUCAGGUGAAUGGGUCAAUGAAUGGAAUGUUACUGAUGGAUCCAAGACAGAUUAUCAAGACUUUGGAAACGCUCAGUUGGAGGUUUAUAAUGCUGCUUCAUUUGGAUGGGCAUAUUGGACACUCAAAAAUGACAGAGAGCACUGGGAUUUUGAGUGGAAUAUGAAGAACGACUAUCUUGAAUUUAGUAUUUCACACAAGCAGCAAAUUUUGAAGAGUAUGAUGUUCCUAGGACUUGCAUCUGUCUGGUUCUACUUGCAUCGACUAUUAUGACAAGUAGAGUUUGCUUGAGACUCAGAUUUGAACAAAUGCGGCUUUUCUUUCUUCUCUUUUGCAAUUUCUUCAAUUUUUUAAGUCUUUUGUAAUUGUACCAUUACAUUUAUAUGCUCUGCAAUAAGGUAUCCAAUUGCUU